AAGUAUAUGUCUACCCGAAGCAACGUAUCAAUUACAAUUUCAUGUUGCUAGAGUUUUCAAAUUCUUCUUAAAUGUGAUACAUGAAUACGUAAUUAGACAAAAAGUUUAACAGAUUAGGGCAAUACAAUAUUCAAGAUGUUUUUAGGAAGCUAUGUGGUAUAGUUUUGUUGAAUGUUAAAAGAUCAAUGUUAGACAACCAUGCAUAGGAAUUAUUGAUAUCGUUAAAGUAAUUAGUGCAACAAAGUAUUCUAGCUAUUAUUGCACUCCUUGUUUCAGAGACAGUCAAUCACCUACUGGAUUUCGAAGAGUAACAGUACCCACAGACAUAAAUUGAUGAGUUAAAUCAUGAAUUCACCAUGCAAAAUUUCGUCAGGGAAUUAUAUUACGAGCGACUGAAAGCGUAAAUUAAUUGUCUCCGCAGCCAAUGAACACCAAAUAUAGCAUAGCAGAAGAAAAUUGUCAGGCUGGAUACGCUACUGGUCUAAAUAGUGAAAAUAUAUCAUUAUGAAGAAAAUAAGAAUAGCAUAGAUUCGUGGUCAAGCUAUGGAUUCACCAUUUUGACAAAGCUUAUACUGUACUUUACAAAAACUGCCUCUGAAGAACAGGAAAAUGAUUUCCUUAAAGAAAAAAACUAUGAAGAUUUUGAUGGCUGUUGCAAUUUGUACUCUUUAUUUGUUUACACAAGAAACACUUUUCUACACAGGAAGCUCCAAAGUCAAGUUACAAAUAAAGCAAAAGUUCGUCCGUGAAACAGAGUAUCGAGAAAUGUGGAGUUCAAAUAGGGUGUACAAGCGACGGAAAAAUGAAACAAAAAUCUUGAACGAUGCUCUUCUAAACAUUGAGAGGGAAGGAAAGUUUCCCGAAGACGAUCCGUGCCCAUAUUUGGGUGUGCGUAAGCCAAUCAGAGGGGAAAUGUAUCCAAACGAUUAUUACGACAUAACAUGCAAGCCUCAUAGACCCGAUGUGAGACACUGUGAAUUAGCGUACGAAAUCUAUGGCUCAGCCAGUGAACAUUCACCAAGACAAUGUUCGGAAACAAAAUAUGAAAGUCUAUGCAAAAUCAGUGCUGAUAAGAGUGCAGCAGGUUUCAGUCUAGAGUGUGAUUGGUCGACUUGUUUCCCGCGAAAGCCAUACAUUGGGGAGAUGAGCCCAAGCUAUGGAAAAAUCGUUCGAUGGGAAUAUUCCCCUAGUGAUGCUAAAAUAGAAGAAAUCAUUCACCGUAGCAUGGAAAAUGGCUUUAAUUUUGUGUUUUUGCAAUGCGGUAGCUUGAAACAAGUGUUGGUGUUACCAAGAAAGCUAUGGUUGUCUUCCAGAAGAAAGCAGGUCAAUAAGAAGAUAAACAUAAAUAUCGUCGUAAUAGAUUCAGUUUCCAGACCGCACUUCUAUCGCUCAAUGCCACGGACCAUUGAAGCAUUUCGUCAAGUGGUGUACGACGACAGCAUACCGGCGACGGUUUUAGACUUUGAACUGCUUCAGAGUAUCAGUCAACAUACAACAGAUAAUUGUAAACCUCUGUACUCUGGAGUUACCACAGAUACUAAUCAACAAUUUAAUAGUACAAAGAGAAAGCUGGGUAAGUCGCUCGGUAUACCUGUACUAUUUGGAGAAUACAAGAAAUCUGGAUAUCAAACAUUGUUCCAAGAAGAAGGGUGUUGGUAUGAUAGAUAUGGUCUGACGUUGACUGACAUGGAGAAAUACAAGACUCCCAGUCACAUGAGAGAUUUUUCCAAGAGAUCCCAGCGACUCGAGAAUUCGAAGUUACAAAACAAAUUUACCCAGGUUAUGACAUCAUGUAUAUCGGUUAAAUGUCUGUUUUUAGGCCUGACCUACCCGACUUUAAAGCAUAUAAGUUUCAGAUUUAUAUUCUUCUAUAGGUGGAAAGAGCUUAAUAAUCGAUGGAAGCGCUACUACAUUGACGAUUAUGGGUUGACUCAUUUUGGAUGUGAAGUUCUUGACAAAUAUGGCAUGACUAACGAUUUCGAUAAACCAGAGCAAGUGUGCCUUAAUGGUGACUUCAUUAGUACGUACUUCCUCCAAUAUCACCUCGAUUACCUCAGGGCAAUUCGUAAGAGAAAGGAUUCCCUCCCAAUCCUUCACUAUCUUCACUUGGAAACGGGACACACAUCUUCUGGAACGCGGAUUCAUAACGACGACCUUGGGCUUGCAGAUUACGUAAAACAUCUCGCACGUGAUCCAAACACACUUACCAUAUUCUUAUCCGAUCACGGACACACAAGAACAGAUUUUGCUAAAACAGUGGAGGGCCGUUUUGAACUCUCGAAUCCGUUGAUGUUCGUGAUACUUCCGGAAGAUGUCGCGGCAAUACUCGGCGAAGACAAAGUACACUCAUUGGUGGAAAAUCAACGACGACUGUUUACGACACUCGAUAUUCAUCAAAUGUUGAUGUCUUUAAACAAUCCAGUCAAAAUGAAAUCAAAAGAUUUUAAGGUCCAUGGCAUCCUUUCAAUGUUGCCUAGAAACCGUACGUGUGAAACUCUGCCUUUAACCCCACUGACUAGAUGCAAAUGCGAAGGCUGGGAUCAGAAAGUUGAGGAUAACUCCCCGAAACACGUAUGGUUAGCUGAGUUUGCUAUUGGGCAGCUAAAUAAUAUGAUACAGGAUCAAUUUAUAAAAGCAAACAAAAAGAGGUACGGUUCUUGCGUACGGCUACGAGGACUGCAAACGAGAAAUAAUGCCGAAAGGCAAGCCGGAAAAAGACUGGAAGUAACUAUGGAUCUUCUAGUAGAAUCUGCACUUCCAGAUGUGGUUGAAGUUUUUCAGGUGUUGAUCGAGACACCAUCAAUACCGGACGAAACUGUCGUCUCGGCACAAUUGAUGAAGUUUGAGAGACAUACCCUGUAUAAUCGCUACCAAAAAUGCGUCGAUGACGGUGUAGAGUUAAAGUUAUGCACCUGCUUGCCGAGGGAUAGCGACGAGGCCCCGAUGAUGACAUCCGAUGCUUUACGAAACUUGGCAACCCGGAGCGUGUUUGGAGUGGAAACCAAAUCGGAAUUAGUUGAUGAAAAUAGAAGAUGCCUGCUUUUGUUGCGUAGAAAGCACAACUCUAGUAUUUCCUAUGAAAUAGCAAACCUGUGUGAUAAUGCGUUUAAUUUUGAAUUCAGCGGCACAGCAUUUAACGUGUUACUAACAGCAAAAUUGCCAAUAAAUAUUGUAGUGAAACCAAGAACAAUUUAUUUUUUACUAGCUGCGAUAAGAUUCGUUGUCAAUGAUAGCUACUUUGACAUAAAAACUAAUUGCGAAGAAGUUGAAAACUAAUUAUAACAAACAUUACUUUUUUGAAAUAGUCAAAACAAAAAAAUUAAGACUGAUAUUCUUGUCCCAAUAAAUAUCGCGUGUCGAUUGAAACCGCGAUAUUGAUAGAUAUUGGUUUUUAACGAAGCAUUUAAUAGGCAAAAAUAUGACCAUUUUUACACUUCAUUCUUCGAUCCAUUCCUUUACAAAUGCCACUUCAUCUUAUUUUUAAAAUAGAAAAUUUAAGAUCUAGCAACACCCUCAGUGGUUUGCCAAAGAGGCUCCAUCGAUUUUCUAAUACGUAAACAGCGCAUAACUGUUUCUUUUGUUUCAAGUCUUUCUAAAAAAAUUGAAAGACUUUACAUGGUUUUCUUGGAAUGUCGUGGAAAUUGAAUAGAAAUAUUUAUAGAAGUAUUGUGGGUUAUUGAGCUACUCAAAAAUCAAUAGUCAACAGUUCAUAUUGUUGUAUAUGUAUAUUUUUAUAUGCAUGUAUAUUUUAACAAAUAAUUUUAGAAUAUUCAAAUUUGAGUGUUGCUUUUCAGUUUUAUACACACUAUAGAGUAUUGAUUACAAAUCUGUAAACUCUUUCGAAAUUAGAUAUUUAGUUGCAUAAUUAAGCACUAAUUUGAUCCCAAGAGUGCAUAAAGACACGAUUUAUUUAGCUUUUACGUAAAAAUUUGC